CGCAGCUCUGUAAGUGGACCAAUCAUCUCGUCCCGUGGGAGUGGAGGCAAACCAGGCUCUCAGGAUGCGGGAGGGGUGAGCGCAAAUGAACUAAUGUAGUCCGAUCAAACAUCGAUCGCAAACUCAGUCGUCCACUAAUAUCCUCAGGUCCUUUGAGGGUAAGGUCAAGUUAUCAUGGCUGCUACCUCCCAGUUGUUCAGGUUCAUCCAUGGCAGGAGGUUUGGUCAGAUCCUGCUGCCAGCCAUAACAUGCCAAAACUGUAGCCGGUCUCCUCGUCCAUGCGUCAAUUCAACUCAGCUGCACAGCUCUGAACAAAGAUGGCGGCACCAGGUGCGAGGAUACAGGACCUCACCUGCAUGGCGCACCUACUACUUGACCCCACCUCAGGUUAACAGCAUACUAAAAGCUAAUGAGUACAACUUCAAAGUUCCUGAGUUUGAUGGCAAGAACCUCAGUUCGGUCAUGGGCUUCGACAGCAACCAGCUACCGGCAAAUGCACCCAUCGAGGAUCGCCGAAGUGCAGCAACAUGCUUGCAGACCCGUGGCAUGCUUUACGGUGUAUUUGAUGGCCACGCAGGCUGCGCAUGUGCUCAGGCACUCACCGAGCGCCUCUUCUAUUACAUAGCCGUCUCAUUGCUGCCACAUGAGACGCUGAUGGAGCUGGAGAACGCGGUGGAGAGCGGACGACCUCUUCACCCGAUACUGCAGUGGCACAAGCAUCCCAAUGACUACUUCAGCAAGGAAGCUUCACGGCUCUACUUCUCCAGCUUGCGCACGUAUUGGCAGGAACUGCUGGAUCUGAGCGUUCCUGGGGAGCAACCAGAUGUUGCUGAAGCUCUCGUGACUGCCUUUAAAAGGUUGGACAAUGACAUAUCCCUUGAAGCGCAGGUUGGCGACCCGAAUGCGUUCUUGCACUACUGGGUGCUCCGUGUUGCAUUCUCAGGUGCCACAGCAUGCGUUGCACACAUCGAUGGUAAUGAGCUGCAUAUUGCCAACACUGGAGAUUGCCGGGCAGUCCUGGGUGUACAGGAACCCGAUGGCUCUUUUUCUGCCCUCACGCUCACCAAUGACCACAACGCGCAGAAUGAAUCUGAGAUGAAGCGCGUGCGAUCCGAGCACCCGCUUUCUGAGGCCAAAAGUGUGGUGAAGCAGGAUCGCCUGUUGGGGUUACUCAUGCCAUUUAGGGCCUUUGGAGAUGUUAAAUUCAAGUGGAGCAUUGAACUGCAGCGCCGCGUUCUUGAGUCUGGACCAGACCAGCUCCAUGAGAAUGAGCACGCCAAGUUCAUCCCACCCAACUAUCACACACCACCCUACCUUACGGCGGAACCGGAGGUGACCCGACACCGCCUCCGUCCACAGGAUCGUUUCCUGGUGCUGGGCUCGGACGGGCUGUGGGAAACGCUACACAGGCAGGAGGUGGUGAGGAUUGUGGGUGAGCAUCUCACUGGAGUUCACCAGCAGCAGCCAGUCAGUGUCGGCGGCUAUAAGGUGACCUUGGGUCAGAUGCAGGGAUUGUUGCAGGAGAGGAAAGCUCGCAUCUCCUCCACCUUCGAGGACCAGAAUGCAGCUACGCACCUGAUUCGGCACGCGGUGGGGAAUAACGAGUUCGGGAUGGUGGACCAUGAGAGGUUGUCAAAGAUGUUAAGCUUGCCAGAAGAGUUAGCCCGCAUGUAUAGGGAUGAUAUCACAAUCAUUAUAGUGCAGUUUAACCCACAUGUCAUCGGUGGACAGUAGAAGUGGACACUCUUUCUUUCACAUGUUCUGUUACAUACAUUAUCAAUUCUAAUCUUACGCACAAUCUCAUCACGCUGCAUUAUCAAUAAUAUCAGCACGGCAAAAUGUUACCUAUACCGGUGGAAUGUAUUACUCUGAGUGUAUUUUUAUGUUCAUUUCUACAAUAGGUGAGCGGUGUUGAUUCCCAGUUUUAUGCGGAAUUAAGCCAAAAAGAAAAAAAUAUCCCGAGAUCAUCCCAGACUUAUUUUCACAAUCAGAAUGCAGCACAAAACCAUAAAUCAAGACUGGAAAUGUACUAGUGUAGGUUCAGCGGAUUUUGCACUGAGGAGAGCGUUUAUAUACUGCUUGUGUUGUGCCAAAAUUUGCUUUUAUGUUGUAUGCUUUUAAUUUUUGAAUGAAUGAAAAAGGAAAGUAAAACAAAUGUCAUUUAAAAUGGCAAGUGAGAAAGAAUGAGGAUAGAAAGCAAAAGAUAUGUACUUUUAAGUUGAAGUGCUCUGUAAAUGGGAUAUGUUGAAUAAGAAGAUACCUUAAAGGGACAAUACACCCCAAAGUGUAAAUCCUGUUGUUUUUUCACACUGAUGUAAUUCUAAACCUGUAUGGCUUUGUUCAUGGCUUUCAUUUUAUAUAUAGUAAUAAUGGCUUUUUUGUGUCCUACAUGCAUGUUUAGAACAACAUAGGAGUGAGUACAUUUUCAUUAUUGAGUUCGCUAUCUUAACGUUUUAUGUAGGUUUUAAUGAACCAAACAAGCUGCUAAUGCCACUAAUUAUCCAGGGACAUGAAAGCAGCAGUGUUUUUUUCGUCUUUUUCUUUUUUUAUGCAAAGUAUUUUAUUUUAGUACCAUUUGUAUUCUAUCUCUAUUUGACUGUUAAGUUCUUCUUUUUGUACGGCAUGCCUUAGUAGAUGCAGGUUUUCAUGAAGCACGUCUUGGAGUUCAAGUGUCAUCAAAACAUGGCUUGUGCAACAACUUUAUCUUCUCAUUUCUGUAAAAGUCCUGAUAAAGAGGCCUGUUAUUUUUUUACCUGUACGUGGAAUCAGAGUCAUGGUUUGCAGUAAGGUAGAAGGUCAAUAUUGUAAAGACACUAACGUGUAAAAUGUAAUUAAAGACAUAACUGCUACUGCGCACAAAAGAUUCUCUUGUUACUUUCUUAUUUUUCUUACCUCAGUCCCUCACAGUGAUAUUGUAUUUAUAAUGCUGCUGGCCGUUGCUGAAAUUCCGGUUUGGUUUUCUGAUGUGCGCUGAAUUUCUCUGAAAGGUGAAGGAGAGAUAUUUAAGGAACUAGAGGUUAAUGACACAACAAACCAGAUAUGCUUAUGCUUACGCUUCUUAUAGGACGCAAACGCACCUAUGUGAUUACACUACAGUGGGGAAAUGUGAAUCUGAAGGAUUUUUCAGUUGUGUUUCUAAAGUAAUUAAUUUGGUUUCCAUGUAUUUUUUCAGGUGUCACAACAUUUUUCAAGUGAUUACUGGCCACAGGGUAGAGAUUAGAGUUAAAGUUCAAUGUCACUUUUUUUUUUUUGAGGGUUAUUGAAUAAGGUUAAAACCAUAACUCUGUGAUUGUGCUUUCUUGCCUGUUCUCAGUAUGUUCUCUGCUCUUGCACAAGAACGCAGCUGAUUGCUACAUGAAAUGUUUCGAAUGGUAGUCAAUCAGCAGUGUAAUUAAUGCAAUUCUGUAAUAAAGUUAUAGGCCUGCUAAAGUGUAAAUACACUUUAUACUUGAAGUAAAUGUAUGCUGCAGCUUGUUAGUGUUUAAUAUUUUGCGGCAUGUCACAAAUGUAUUUAACAAUAUUACUGUGUGCAUGACUUCUGCAAGUACUCUUGCCUUUUGUAUUUCAAAUGUUUUAAUAAAAAUGUAACUAAGCAUUA